UUGAGCCAAUGCACAAUGUUGCAACAAUAAAUCUAGACCAGCAGAAGAACAGAUUGCGAUAUAUUGCACAAAGUUGUAAAGAGAUCAUGGACAGAUAUAAAGAAAAAGAAGAUGGGUUGUAUUUUCUGACCACUGCUAAUGGCCUGGUCUAUCAGACCUUCUGUGACAUGACCACUGAUGGUGGAGGCUGGACGCUGGUGGCGAGUGUCCAUGAGAACAACUUGUAUGGAAAGUGCUCAGUGGGGGACCGUUGGUCCAGUCAGCAGGGCAACAAUGCUGAGCUGCCAGAUGGAGAGGGGAACUGGUCCAACAGAAACACCUUCGGAUCGGCAGAGAGCGCAACUUCAGAUGACUUUAAGAACCCAGGUUACUAUGACAUAGUAGCCAAGGACAUGUCUGUGUGGCAUGUUCCCAACAAUUCUCCACUGGAGAACUGGAGGAUUGCAGCCAUCCUCCGCUACCACACUGACAACCACUUUCUCAGGCUGUACGAGGGAAACCUACAUCAGCUCUUCAAGCAAUAUCCAGUGAAAUUCAACGUGGGCUCAUGCAGUGAAAGAGGACCAGCUUUCCCCAUAGUGUAUGACCAUGGAGACAAAGACUCCACCAAAGAGUUAUAUGGAAUAAAUCUAAGAGCGGAGUUUGUACCUGGUUUCAUCACAUUCAGACCAAUAAACAAUGAGCGUGCAGCCAUGGCUAUCUGCUCCGGGGUCAAGCCAAUCACAGGAUGCAACACUGAACAUUACUGUAUUGGUGGAGGUGGAUACUUUCCUGAAAACAGUGGACAAUGUGGAGAUUUCACAGCAUUUGACUGGGACAGAUUUGUUGGAAAACCAGGUUGGAGCGCGUCCCCAGAAACGACAGGGGCGGCUGUUUUACUGUUUUACCGCUGAGAGGAUUGUGUGUGCUUUUUUAACAGACUCUACAGCUCUAACCCUACAAAUGCGUGUGUUUUUACUAGAACAGAUGUCAUACAGUAUGACAGUAGGUUUAUUUAUUUCCUAAUUAUUGUACUGCAUAUAGAAAUAAAGCCAGGGGUUGCAUCCACAUUAAAUAGAGACU